CUAGCUGCAAGUGCAAGCUGCAAAGAUGCUGCCCUAUAUCAACGCCCGUUCGUCCCUCCCACACCAAAAAAGUGUCCUCUCUCUACCUGCUCAUAUCUCGUUAUUGACUCUGCAACAACAGCUUUCGCCGCCGCUGGAGAGGUAAUCGGCGCAUCUGCUGAUGAGCUAAAACUCAUUACCUCGUUCCUCCUCUCGUACCCCCUCGCAGCUAUACUAAAGCGACUCCCGGACUCUCAACCCUGGAAGAAAAACGCCUUCAUCAUCGCCGUCUCGCUCUUCUACCUGGUCGGUCUCUUUGAUCUCUGGGAUGGCGUCCGCACCCUCCUCUACUGCUCCGCAGGAGCAUAUGCAAUCGCAUACUACGUCGACGGGUCCAUGAUGCCCUGGGUUGGCUUCACAUACCUUAUCGGAUACAUGUCCGUCAGUCAUAUAAUUAGGCAAAUCAUCAAUGACCCUACUUCCGUCGACGUCACCGGUGCUCAGAUGGUGCUGGUCAUGAAACUGAGUGCGUUCUGCUGGAACGUGCAUGACGGCCGACUGCCUGAUAGCCAACUUAGUGAGGCCCAGAAACACGCUGCCAUCAAGGAGUUCCCCAGCUUGCUUGAUUUUGCCGGAUACGUGCUGUUCUUCCCCUCGUUGUUUGCAGGCCCAGCGUUCGACUACGUCGAGUACCGACGGUGGAUUGAAACUAGUAUGUUCGACUUGCCUCCUGGUAUUGAUCCGUCCAAGGCACCUCCCACGCGGAAGAAGAGAAAGAUACCCAGGAGCGGCAGACCAGCUGCUUUGAAGGCUGCGAUGGGACUAGCGUUCAUCGGUGCUUUCAUUGUGUUUGCGCCCAUCUAUACUACCAACUUGCUGCUGAGCGACGAAUUCGCCGCCUACAGCUUCUUCAGGAAGAUUUGGGUGUUGUAUGUGUUUGGCUUCGCGGCAAGGUUGAAGUACUAUGGUGUUUGGUCCCUGACUGAAGGUGCUUGUAUCCUCUCUGGAAUGGGAUACAACGGCGUCGACCGCAAUACAGGACAGGUGUACUGGAAUAAGCUCGAGAACGUCAACGCCUACGGUCUAGAGACCGCCCAGAACCCCCAUGCGUUCCUCGCCAACUGGAACAAGAACACAAAUCACUGGCUGCGAAACUAUAUCUACCUCCGCGUCACUCCAAAGGGGAAGAAACCCGGCUUCCGUGCAAGCUUGGCUACCUUUGCUACCAGUGCUAUCUGGCAUGGCUUCUACCCAGGUUACUACCUGACCUUCAUUCUGGGCUCUUUUGUUCAAACAAGCGCCAAACAUUUCCGCCGUCAUGUUCGCCCCUUUUUCCUUACCCCUGACGGCACUGCUCCAACUGGUUUCAAGAUUUAUUAUGACAUCAUCAGCUGGCUCGCAACCCAGCUCACAAUGAGCUUCACCAUCGCUCCAUUCAUCCUUCUGGAUUUCACUGACUGCACCACCCUCUGGGGCCGCGUCUACUUUUACAUCAUAAUUGGCAUCGUCGCCACACUCACUUUCUUUAACAGCCCCGCAAAAGCCCAAUUAAUCCGCAAGCUAAACAAACGUAACAAGGUUGCUACUGGCAAGGAUGCAGAAGUACCUGGCAAACCAUCCGAUAGACAAGCCGCUAAUGAAGCUGCUGCUGUCAGAGCAAGGGAGAAGGCCCAGGCUGAUGCCAGGGAGGUGCAGGCCGGCCAAACACCAUACACCGAGCAACCCCUCGGCCUGCCCAAUGAUUUGGCGCAGGACGUUGAAGACGCCGUGAACGAGAUCAAGAAGGAGAUCGAAACCAGGAGACGACGUGGCAGUGUGGUCACGAUGCCUACUGGUGCAGAACUGCGGAACAUCCUUGAGCAGAAGCUAGGCAAGGCUCCCUUUUAA